AGCAAGCGGGCCAGUCGUCGAAAUCGGCCACGAUAGAAAUGUACGCGCCAUCGUCAUACAACGAUACGAUGACUGGGGAAACUCUGAGCUCGGUUUCAGAGAAAUCUGAGACGUAUUCCCAAGAUGAGGGGAUGACCGACAACCUCCGCCCAUCCCUGAGGUGCCUACGAUGCCCAACAGGCAUAUGCUGAGCCAGACCACGGACGCCUACCUCAUGGACGACCAGGGCAUCGUGAUCCCCCCACCGCUGGACUACCCGCCGCCCAACUACGCCGUGUACGACGGAGACCACGCCAGGACCCUGCCUCAUCCGCACCGGCAUAAGGACAUCAGCGGGCACAGCACCUUGGGAAGGAGUGCUGGUAAAACGAACUACGUACCAGCUCCGAGCCCCAUGCCGCCGCUCGAUGGAUCCUACUACAAUAUGGCUUCCGAUAGAUAUCUGUCCUACCCGCCUUUGAUUGGAGAAUAUUUGCAACAACAAGCCGGCCGCACUCCAACUCCCCCUCAGCAGUACGGAGCUCAGCCAUUACCGAAGCCUCACAUGAUGAACGGAGGGAUAUCGGGAGGAUCGCCUUCUCACAUGACCAGCCCGCCGCACAACUACGGGCUUGAUGUUUCUCUAGACAGACAGUCAGCUGGUGGCACUCUAAGGCGUCAGAGGCUGGACAAGAUGGCCGCCGUUCCACCACCAGAUGUCACCGUACUUCAUCAGGGCAAUUGCACACAGCACCAGAUGUCCCAAACUCCAUCAGUGAAGAAACCCCAGUCGAUCCUGAAGGACCCAUCGCGACACAAAUACGGCAACCAAUACGGGAGCCCAGUUUCCACCAGCACCCCUCACAACUCAAGCCAAAUAUUGACAGUCCAAAACCUACCAUCAGACGUGCCUCAAUAUGGCACCAUUAAAAAGGAGAAUAAGAAACAAAACGUGACCAUAGAUGAGUCAUUUAACAAGAGAAGCGAAACACACGUUGUGUAAAGUGACGCACUUGAACAAGUGACGGAAGUGAACCAAGUGACAUUAGUGAACCAAGUGACAUUAGUGAAACAAGUGACAGUGAACAUGUGUAAAUAAGUGGUCUAGAUACAAUGUAGAUAGUCUUUAAAAUUGAUUGUGAUACAGGAACGAUGAACUAGUUAGUGCAAUGCAUCCAAUGGAUAUUGAUCUGGUUGUAUUACGACUGAUUUAUUUAGGCGAUGCGACGUCCAGAACUAUAUGACAUUAUCAUCGGCCGAAACGUUUUAGAAUUUACAAAUUUAGAUCGUAAUCGGGUGAAUAAUAAUUGAAUUAUUUUUCUCCCUAGUUUUUUCAAAUGGUUUUUUGUGGAGUGACGAUUUGCUAGUCGUUUGUUGAUUAUGACUGGUUACGCUUGGCCUGUGACGUGCAGUUUUCGUACUUAUUGUACUGAAAGCAGUUUAGAAACACUUGUAUUUGAUGAGAGACAAUUUUCACGAACACUGUGGCACGUGUUAAGUGUGCAUACAUAUUCACGAGCAGAUAAUUGGCUUUUCCGAGAAUGAGCGUGAAAACGGAAAAUACUCAUUUCUAACUCUUUAAUCUCAUAAUCCAAAGAACUGAUUUUUGGUACAUUAAAAUCUGCUAAUUGCUUUCAUAUUAGCUACACGAAUAAGACAUAUUAAGCAAGUGUUUCUAAUAUAAGUUGUGACGUCACACGGGCUCAGUUAAUAAGCAAAUUAUCAACUCCAAAACAUUUUUUAUAAUAAUAUGAUUCCCAUGAAGGAUCUCUUUUAUAUUAAGCUACGUUUGUUUGAUAACAUCAUCUUGUAGGUGUUAAAAGGUAAUAUAAAAAAAUAUUAUAAAAUUCUAACGAUUUGUAUCGUUUGAUUUUUUUAUUGAAAAAUUGUUAUGAAAUUCGAGUUUAUUGUUACGAAACGUAUAUUUUCAAUACCCCAUCGAUAUGGAAUUAUUUUGUUUUAGAAAAAUUUGCCUAAGUGUUUGAUUUUUAGGAAAAUUUUAUUGAUAUACGUGAACAGUCCCUUGGAACUUCAUUGCACCAUUUUACAAUUUCAAAAGCCUUUGAAACAAUCUGCGACUUCAUUCAAGAAUGUAAUAUUAGCAGUUUCAUUUCGAAGCCAUUCAUAUCGGAAAUAUUGUGGUCUUCCGACAAAAUUAUAGCCUAACAUUAUGGACACACGGAAUGGGUAAUCCAUAACCGAAAAUGCUUUAAAAUUGUACGUUUCACGGGACUGGGAACGUGUUAGUACUUUACGUAUACUGCCAGUCUCUCACGUCACAAAGUACUGUAAUAUUAAUUUGUCUCUAUAUUUUUCAGAGUAUGUAAAUAGUCUAUUAUUAAAGGAUAAAAUACUCAAAUCGCGAACUGACAAUAAAUAUAAGUUUCAUUAAUUUUAAUUUAUACAUCAGCUUCUAUAUUAAUGUAAAUAAUUGUAAUUUUUCAAUUUAUAGCUUUUUUACAAACAAAAAUAAUCGGUCUUAAUACAGAUACCAAAGUUUUUAAAUCUAUUUUUAAGUUAUUAAGCUACUUAAUUAUUUUUUUUAUUUUUAUUUCAUUUUUUUAAAUAAUAUGUAACAUGAUUUUCAUUUUAAACAAAAAUAAAUGAAAGAUUGAUUUUGAAUUAAUGUUUCGAUACAGAUGAUUUUCCAAAUUUUGAAAAUCCAUCCAUUGACAAGAUACGAUUUUAUAUUUACAAAAAAAUAUAUAUUCUAUUGUUACAUUUCGAAUUUAAAUAAAAGAAAUCUAAUAAUACAUUUUGUUUUAUUUUAUUUUCAUCGCCUUUGGUUCAUUUUGUUUGUCACGGCAAUCUUGUAUCCAAUUAUUGAACAUAUCAUAUCACGAGAAUGAAAAUUUUACAUUUAAUUUCUGCUGAAAUGAAAGUAAUUAAUCAUAUAUUAUUUUUUCAUUUUUUAUCUAAAGUGCCAAAAUAUAUUUGCAUUUUUUAUCGCGGCUCCCCAUUUUUUAGAUAAUUAUUACGUAAAAAAAACGUUGUAGCUGUGUUAUACGUCCUUCUAAAAUUUAAGUAAAUUUAGUCAAAUAUUAAAACCGUGCCUUAUACUUUUAUGCCAUUUUGAAAAUAAAAUAUCACUUUAAAUAUUGCUAAAAGUCUAGUAUAAAUAACAUUAAACGAAAUCUCUUAAGGUUUAAGUGCAUUCUUUAUAAUAAUCGCUGCUUCUAUAUCAGCGGCCUUGUGUCGCCGAACAUAACAGUAAAUAACAGUCAUGAGUGGUUAUAAGACUGAAAAACUAUUUUCUUUCAUUUAAAUCUUUCAUUUACCCUUGUAACUUUCAUUAACGAACACACUCGGCCUUGACGUUUACAUUUUGUUUGCUGCAAUUAAAUGUUUUUUAUCUGGAAUUAUAAUAAACAUGAGCUUGUCAUUUAGAAGUAAGAGCUAAUCCAAUGUUCAAAACAUAUUGUCAAUGUAAUUAAAUAUAAUUAUCAUAAAUUAAUUAAACAAGUCAAUGUUAAAUCUGAGGAUUAAUGAGUUUAAGCUUAUGAAUACCAUUAAAUGUAAAAUAACUUUCAUUUACAUCCAUCAUAUGUUCAGUUAAAUGAAAGACUUGGCUUUUACAAUUAUAUCGCAUUAUAAAUCUAGAAUCCCAAAGAGGCACACUAAAUACUCAAAUAUCUAAAUAACAAUUUAUUAAAAUAUAACAUGAGUAAACAUUAUUGCCAAAUAUAAUAUAAAAGAAUAAAAAAAAUAGUACAAUACUGUAAACACCAUACAACUGUAUUCCUAAUACAUACACCGGCUACCACAAAUUUCUUCGUAAAUUGAUUAAAAUAAAAGUAAAAAAGCAUUGUAUGUGGCCUAAUUGUAAAACUCAAUAGUAUUGAAUCCAUCGCAACACUCCAUCCUGCAUUAUAUUUAUUGUUAAUAGAUUCCAUCCAUUGUUUUCAUCAACGCACUUAAGAAAAUGAGUUUUAUAUGCCAAAAUUAUUACCAAAAGCGACGUCCCAUGUGUUAACAAUAACGUAUUUUUACAUUAAAAAAUGAUAU